AUGAUGCAUCGCGAGAUGGUCCCUUCCCAACAGCCUCAGUGUGAGACGUUUAUUCAACGUCGGCUAGCACGUAACCCAGACUUGGCUUACAAGUUGCACCAAAUGGCACUUCCACUUUCUCCUCUUGUUCAGCUCACCACCGGCGCUGUUCACCCUGAUUUCCCUCGAACUGUGCUUCAAUUCUGGCUCUUGACGGAUGCCCAGCUAGAAGGACUGGCCAACUUCUACCACCAAAAGUCACCGUCACCAUGGUCAUCUCAAUACCCGUGCCCCGUUGUCUGGCGAUCUGAUGUCCCUCUCGAGGAGAAGCGCCGUAGAAUGGGCAAGUUUAUCGGGUUGAGAGGCUGCGAUUCACCGGCCUGGCUCAAAUCAGAAGACGAGAUAGCUACUGAAGCUCGACUAGCCAGCAUGGUCGCCCAACAAGAAGACACUUGGAGAAGAAAGAUUCACCCGUGGUGA